GAUGGCUACCAUGACAUCGAGCAUGUUGUUUGGUCGUGUACCGAAUACUGUGGUGUUAGGUCCGAGCUUAUAGAUUCCCUUCGGGCCCGAGGAAAACAACCGAACGUACCCGUUAGAGACAUUCUGGGAAGCGAUGAUCUCCAGUACAUGACACAGCUAUACUGCUUUCUGAAAAACGCUGACAUUAAAAUUUAAAAUUUUCUUUGUCUAUUUGUCAGAUUAAGGAUACAAAUAUGCUAUGCUGAAGACACGGAAACGAAGAGCCCGCAUCUAUGCUUACACAAAUAUUUUGAACCCACAACAAACAAGAAUACAAUUGCUCUACCAGUUGAAAAACAAAGUUCCAAAAUAGUUUUAAGUCAAAAUUGUAUCUCCCCUCCUCUCACCUUAAAUCCCCACUAGCUCGUAGUCGGCCGCGAGAAUAAAGAAAAGGCCUCCCUCUUUUCCCUGCUAACGUAGAAUUAAUACGAAUUGUACUUGGCUCAGUAAAACAGAAAAUGUAUCGUGCCGUGUCAAAUAAACUAAUUUAAACCUGAAUCUCAGGGUUUCACGCAAAGUAUUCUGGAGUGAUUCGAGAACUGUUCUGGCGUGGAUACAAUCCGAUCACAGGAAAUAUAACCAAUAUGUCGCUUUCCGCGUCAGCGAAAUCCUGAGCGAAUCAACACAGUUAGAGUGGAGAUACGUUCCGACCAAGAAAAACGUGGCGGACGAAGCUACAAAAUGGAGUGAAAACGAAGAUUACAGUUCAACUAGCCGAUGGUUUUCCGCACCGAAGUUCCUCUACCAUGCUGAACAGUACUGGCCAGAGACAGAAGUGGCGCUGCCAGAAACGAAGGAAGAAUUACGAAUAAUCCAUCUACACCAUGGGAAGCGUGUUAGACAUUUCAUUGAUUAUAAUCGAUUCUCCAAGUUUGAACGCCUGUUACGAGCCACAGCCUACGCUCUACGAUUUUUGCAAAGGUGCAGAAGCAAGCAUGCAAAAGGUAACAUCUGUAAAACAGUUGACCCUUUAACCCAAAAUGAGCUUCAUAAUGCAGAGUCCUUUUUAUCUGGAUGUUCCCAGGAAGAAUCGUAUCCUGAUGAAUACUAUACACUUAAAAAUCAUGUCGUACAGUCUUUAAGAGGACAAGUACGUUUGAAGAGAGACAGUGCACUCUACAAACUUUCUCCGGAGCUCGAUGAGCUAGGGGUAAUACGCAAAGAUAGCCGUCAGACACGAACUGUGGAUACCAUUCAAAUCGAGACAUCCAGCCAUUCUCCCAAGGGAUCACCGAGUAACUCAAUUGUCGAUUGAUUACUACCAUCGUCGUUUUGCCCACGGAAACAAUGAAACCGUGGUGAAUGAGAUGAGACAACAAUUUCAUAUUUCGAAGCUCAGAACAGCUGUUCGAAAAAUCGCUAAAAGCUGCGUGCAUUGCAUGGUUUACAAGUGCGCGCCCAAACCACCACGGAUGGCUCCUUUACCAUCAGUACGUUUAACUCCCUACAUCCGUCCGUUUACUUUUAUCGGUAUCGAUUACUGUGGCCCGUUCCUGAUCCGAAGCGGAAGAUCAAACGAAAAACGCUGGGUGAUGUUGAUUACAUGUUUGACUUUGAGAGCAAUUCAUGUGGAGGUAGCUUCUACUUUAUCGACCGAGUCAUGUAAGCUUGCUAUUAGAAGGUUCAUAGCCAGGAGGGGUUCGCCUCAAGAAAUUUACAGUGACCAAGGAACUUACUUUCUGGGAGCAAGUCGCGAGUUAGCAGAGCAUAUUGAAAGCGUUAAUAACGACUUAUCACAAUCGUUCACCAACGCCACCACCCAAUGGCACCUAAAUCCUCCAGUUUCACCCCACAUGGGUGAGGCGUGGGAGCAUAUGGUGAGAUCCGUCAAGACUGCCCUUACAUCAUUGUCAUCAUCUAAAAAACCCGACCACGAAGCCUUUUGCACCAUUCUCACAGAGGCCGAAUCCAUCGUCAAUUCGCGGCCACUCACAUAUCUGCAUUUAGAUGCCGACGAGGAUGAAUCGCUGACGCCUAACCAUUUUAUUAUGCUCAGCUCAUCAGGUGUACUUCAGCCAGUAAAACCGCCCACGGACGUGCGAACUGCGCUCAGAGCUAACUGGAGCCAUGUUCAAAUGUUGCUGGACCAAUUUUGGACCCGUUGGAUACGGGAAUAUUUGCCCAUUAUAGCUGACCGCUCUAAAUGGAUCGACGAAGUGAAGCCAAUAGAAGUGGGUGAUCUGGUAGUAAUCGUGGACGAGGCAGUGAGGAAUAGUUGGACAAGGGGACGGGUAAUCAAGGUGUACUUUGGAAAUGACGGGCGAAUCAGAAAGGCAGAUGUGCAAACAAAAAAUUGCAUACUACAGAGACCUGUAACCAAAAUAGCGGUGCUUGAAAUUUCAACAGGUGGUUUUGCUAAGCCAGACCUCUAGCAAUGCGGGGUGGGGGAUGUUCGAACAAACACCGCUAGAACGGCAACCCUUCCCUAGCUUCAACGACGGACACAAUAGUGACAGGGGCACCGACACAAUAGACAGUUAAUGACACGAUACACUUGUUCAUUAGACACCAAACUGGUCAGUUGGAAAGACACGUUACACAGAUACAAAUUAAAACAUGUUAACGAAUAAUUAAAAUUAUAUUAUUGUUAGUUUAAAACACAAUUAUGACUGUUACACUAUCAUCGAACUAAAAUCUUGAAGCCUACGCAACCAAUCAAUAACGCGUUUGCUUUCGGAGACCGAAAAAGCUGUAACAAAGUUCCAACACUGCCAGUUUGCAAGAGUUUAUUGAUGGAGUCAGUAGUGACAACGCAUCGAUUGAGCUCUGGAGGAGAGUUAAUGCAAUUGCUGGGAAACAUAAAUGUUAAGGCAUGGCCUUAGUUAAUGGAAAGGGAAAGCAAUGGACUCGGAGAGAACUUUCAUGUUCUAUAAUUGAAUAACUGGUUCCAUAACUGGAAUCGUGAUUCCCAACGUCGAUAAAAACCCGCUUCUGAACCAGCUUUUCCUGCCAAGUAAGCUAACACUAGUACUAACAGUAUCUAAAGGAAAAUUACUGGGGCCUGAUGACGUCGGAUAUCCAUAACCUAACUAUCAAGGGUAAAGUAAACUUUUAACAAUAUUUGCACCAAACAUAGUUUCCCUCCAUAAUGGACCCACAGCCUUGUGGCUCUAAUUAAGAAACCAAACUACCGGGAAACUACCGUCCUAAUUGCAAUCGACGUCUAACUCAGCACAACAACCUUCUAGACCCAUGACAGCACGCAUUCUGCUCAGGUGGUGGUACCAUAACCUAUUUUGGUACUGUUGACCAGGCAUUAGACGAGGACAUCGCAAAUGCACAUAAUCAUGCUUGGAUGCCGGCUCUGUCAAAGCAAUUAAUCAAAUGGGGCGUAACCGGAAAUAUGCUUCACUCUAUCGAGGGAUUCCUCAGUCUAUCAAUCCUUCCAGGUAAUAAUUGGAAAUAAAAAAUCUCGGACCUUCUUAGGAGAAACGGGUGUCCCCCAGAAGUCUGUACUGGCGUUGACCCUCUUUUUAAUGAAAAUGAAUAGCGUAUUCGACAACCUCCCGAAAGAUAUAAGGAUAUUCGUUUAUGCCGACGAUAUCGUAUUGUUGUGCAGCUUGCUGCAUCCUGGGUGGCAAGCUGGGCCUCCUGGACUGGAUUCCAACUCUCUGUCGCAGAAAGCGAAUAAAUCUAUGCUUGUUUGUAUUUCGAACCACAGGAUUUUGGAUAAUCCUGUCAAAAUUGAUGGCGUCGCGAUUCCAAGGCACAAAACAUUGAAAAUCUUGGCAAUCACCAUUGAUUGUCAUAUUACCUUCGCCCCGCACUUUGAUAAGAUCAAGGAAAACUACCGCAGCAGAAUCAACCUUAUCGAUGUCCUUCCUGGACGGCAUACAAACUCAAAUCGAGUGACAAGGCUCAACGUUGCCAACAUGAUCAUAAACUGCCGUUUAACAUAAUAUAAUGGAUUGGAGCUCACAAUAAUUGGUGUUCAAACUCUGGUGAAAAAAUUCGGUCCUAUAUAUAUGCAAGUAUUUCAAGCUACAGCCGGACUUUUAUCGUCCACUCCUGAAAAUUCAGUAUGCGUCGAAAGUGAAAUGCUUUCUUUUCGUUACAAUAUCGUCAGAGCGAUUUGCCACCGGGUGAUUAGCUUUUAGCUUUUUCGCUAAACUUCGCUUUUUCAACGCCUUCCAGAUCAAGACAGUAUCUUCACAGCAGAAGCAGCAGCCAUAAUUAUUCAGCUUCAUAUCGGCGCUCAGCAAUGAGAGAUCCACGCAUCCGUACAUCCAAUAGAUCCAGAAAUUUUCUCCUGGAAACACUGUGUUCGCAUGGAUACCUGAUCACUGUGGUGUUCCGGGUAACGAAGAAGCAGAUCACUUCGCUGCCUCAGGAAGCAACAUGGACACUACGCGUUCCUGCGGAUGAUUUCAAAAGAUGGACAAAUGACAUUUUCCGGGAGGCAUGUACAAAAUAUUGGCAGCACGCCGGCAGAUCCCAUGAAACCUUCCUCCGAAAAUUGAAAGAUGAUACUCGUCGCUUGGAAGACCUUGGAAUGAUCACCGAUCUAUUACGGUCGAGGCGACUUCCGAACCAAAUGCGAUACAUGCGGAACUCAUAACUCAGCACAACAUGUUAUUGCUACUGUCCACGAAAUCUUUACGGAAUCUCAACAAACAUCAAAGAAUCAGUUGAGACGAACCCUGCCGAUGAGAACUGUGCUUACUUUACUUUACAUUUACGGCGACAGACCGAUUAUCGAUCCAAAGCCGAAUCGGCUGCCAUCCUCCAAUGUCCCCUCACACUUAUUUCGCGGGCAUCCUCGUCGACAGCACACAUCCAACGACUGAGGGGCCUACCUCGAAAUCGACGACCUAUAUUGGGAUUUCUGCCAAAUAUAGUCUUCGCUGGUCGUUCUUCCGGCAUUCUAGCAACAUGUCCAGCCCACUGCAACCUAUACGCUUAACUAUACCCGCCGAUUUGUACACCUGGUACACUUCAUGGUUCAUGCGUCUGUGCCAAACACCAUUUCCUAGUUUGCCGCCGAAGAUUGAACGCAAAAUCCUACGCUCAAAAACAUCAGAGAGGAUCAGUGUUUUGUAGAGUGCAAGUUUAGUACGGGUUUGCAAACUGCGAGACCUCAGCUGGUUACGUAAUCCAUAGAAGGCCCUGUUUGCAGCUGCUAUCCGCCUUCAGAUAUUUCGCACGGUUAACCUCGUUGUCACAUGCCACUAAUGUACCCAGGUAAGUAAAUUCGUCGACUACUUUUAAAGUUUCCUCACGUAACACCACCUCAGCACCAACAUCCGUCGGACUACAACGUUCUUUAGUUCUGGCAGAGUUAAUGAUGAGCCCUAUUCUCGCAGCUUCCCUCCUGAGAGGUCCGAAGGCCUCUCCAACUGCUCUACGGUUGAUACCAAUGAUGCCGAUAUCGUCCGCAAAACUUAGAAGCAUGUGAGACUUCGUAAUGAUGGAGCCGCUUCUUUGCAUUCCAGCCCUCCGUAAAACGCCCCCCAAUGCGAUGUUGAACAGUAAGUUUGACAGCCCGUCUUCCUGCUUCAAACCACCUAACGUCACGAAGGAGUCCGAUAUCUCACCGGCUAUUUAAUUAGUUUUGUUGGAAAAACUAUGUUCGAGCAUAAUUCGCCAUAACUCAUUUCUCCUAACUGUAUCGUACGCUGCCCCCAAAGUCAAUGAUCAGAUGGUGAGUCUGCAAGUUGAAUUCUCGAGAUUUAUCGAGAAUCUGUCGCAGGGUGAACAUUUGGUCCGUAGUGGAGCGUCCCCCUAGAAAACCACAUUGGUAAUCGCCAACAAAGGUGUCCGACAAAGGCCUCAGUCUAUGUAACAGAAAACGGCAGAGAAUUUCCUAAACGGUAUUGAGAAGGGUUAUGCUCCGAUAAUUACUACAUUCCAGGCGGUGGCCUUUCUGAUGGAUCGGACAUAUGAGACCCUUCAACCAGUCUUAAGCCUGUAGUACACUCUUUGUCUAAUGGUCAAAUAUUUGACCUUCUGACAUAAUGGUCAAAUUUAUUUGACAUCAUGGUUGUUGUUUGCCUGUGUUUGCCCCAUGUAAAAAUCGGAGAGUGACAAAUAAUUAUCUUUGACCAAAUUUUUAUCUGUCAAAAAGAGACAAAUAUUUGACGCUCGGUCAAAGAGUGUACUACAGGCUUAAGGGUAAUUCUUCGUCGAGCAACACUCUCAGUAUGAUCUUUAAAAAGUUCGGCUGGAAUGCCGUCCACAGCUUUGCCGAAAAGAACUGUACUAGCAUAUAUAAGCAAGAUGAAGACCGCCGCUAAAAAUUAGGACUAAAAGAAGGAAUUUGAACAGCAAUAAUGCUAUUAUAAUAUGACGAAGACUCGAUUACGAUAUUGAAUCGAGAAAAGCUGCGAUAAUCAUAUUAAUAAAAUUAAAAAGUCCUUUUUGAGUGCUUUGGAGUUGCCUCUUCCAGACUGAUCCUCGUUUUUCUACUUAACUUUUGGGAAGGGUGGUAACGGUGGCGAACCAGCCUGUGGUUGAAAGAAAAUAACAUGUUUUAUGUCUGGGAAAUGUCUAAGUGCUAUUAACGCAUUUUGUGCUUGAAUAGGAUAAUUUCAUAUUAUUCUCCGAAAGUACAACAGCUACAAAAAAGGGGAUCAAGUUGGUCAUCACUAUUGCUUCAUUGAUAAAAACAUUUUCAGUCGCAAGAUUUUGAAAUAUUUCAUAGUCUUUCCUGUUGCUUUUUACUACCUUUGAAACCGAUUUCAAAACUUUCUAUACAAAUUUUGUUUUGUAACUUUUUGUUUACAU